UCCCCCUCCAUGGUCAGCUGUCAGUUUUCGCGAGGAGAAGUUGUUUGGUUUUGUUGAUAUAAAAUUGCUGUGUGCGAGAAAAGUGAAAAAAUAACGGCUCAGAAUGGAUGCCGAAGAUAACCGUGGGGUGUUGGAUCUGUCAAAAAAGUCCCUCAAGAAGGUCCCGAAGCAGGAUGAUGCCCAAACGGUUCGGCAUCUCAUUCUCGACGACAAUGAGCUGCAAAAGAUCGACAACAUCGACUCAUAUCUGCGGAUUGAGAAGCUCUCGCUGUGCAGGAAUCAACUCCUGCGGAUGUAUGGGGUUUGUCGCCUUCACUGCCUGCGGGAAUUGAAUCUCUCCUACAAUGGGAUCCUGACAAUUGAGGGUUUGAAGGAGCUUGCGCAGUUGCAGCAUCUCAACCUCCAGGGGAAUCACAUUAAAACCAUUGAGCACCUCAAUACCAACACGCGCCUGGAGCACCUGAAUCUCGCUGAGAAUUCCAUUGGGAGCAUUUCCGAUAUAUCCUUCCUGAAGCAUCUCAAGGAGUUAUUUUUGAAUGGGAAUCGCAUCUCGCACCUGAGGCAAUGCGAUAAGUACCUCCCGGUGAGCCUGGAGACGCUCACUGUGGCCAAGAAUAACAUUAGUGACCUCAGUGAGAUCUCCACCCUCGUGGGAUUGUGCAACCUCCACAGUAUCUCCAUCUCGGACAACCCGUGCGUCCAGAUGACGGGCUCCGCCGUGGGGUUUGACUAUCGCCCGUACGUCCUCAACUGGUGCAUGAGCGUCAAGCUGAUUGAUGGCUUCGUCGUGACGCCAAUUGAGAGCCUCAAGGCGGAGUGGCUGUACAGUCAGGGUAGGGGUCGGCAAUUCCGUGUUGGUGAGCAGCAGGCACUCACGCGCUACCUGGCCAGUGUGUGCCCACUGUCCGGAGAGACGCUCGAGAGUGAGAAGGAACGCAAAUUGCGGCUGAUCCUGAGCAAAGCGCAGCAGCAUCAGCGACAGUUGGCUGAAGAAAUCUCCAGCAAUGAACAUUCCAGUAGUAAUUCCCCCUCUUCCGGACGUCGCAGGGGUGUCUCGAGUCGCAUUCAAUCGCCCAGAUUCAAUUCCCGCCUUGGAAGCGUGCGCCAGGGUUCACCGGAUUCAAUGUCAAACAGCUACCAUGGCAACACAUCAACAAAUCCCUCCCUGGGUGAUCCGUACGCAUCAACAAAUCAACUUCUGCAGAUGACAACGUCCCUCAUUGAGAACAUCAAGAACGACAGCCUCAUGACGCAGAGUCUCGAUCCGCAGGUACUCAGCAACAAUGUCAAGAACACCACGGAGUCCACCACCCGGAGCAGCCCUCAGGGGCAACACUUCAAUGGGCAGCAAACUCACACCGGAGGUCCCCUGGCGGCUGCAUCGAAAAUGAUGCCCGUUCCCGAGUCCCUCAUGAGCCCCGAUUGCUUCCCAUCGACACAAAUUGUCCAGAAAGUCAUCCUCCAGUCCAACAAUACGACAAAAUUCUCCACGAAAACCAAAGAUAAAGCAGCUUCACCAAAAAUGAACAAAGGGAGCCCCCAUAUGCGCAGGAAUGAGAAAUCUCCCAUUUUAAGCCCGAGGAAGACGGCACCAAAGGCGCAGGAGACAAAGACCAAGGUGACAGCUAUUGUAAGUCAUCAAGAUGUCAAUAGUAGCACUGUUAGCUCGGAUGAGGAUAGUGAUCACAUCAACAUGGACAAGUUGAAGACUAUCCGGAAUAAAGCAGCUGAAAGAGCAACCAAGCAGACAAAACCAUCAGCAGAGCCUCCCCUCCUGGCCACACGUGAAACGGAAACUUCGGCAAUACUAAUUCAGAAGCUCUGGCGUGGCUAUCGCACCCGGAAGCGAACAAAGUACGUUGCAGAGAAGCUCCAGCGGAAGCGUACGCAGGACUAUAUAAAGAAGCUAACGAGUGACAUGGAGGUAACGAAGGAAGCCCUUGAGAAUGAACGGAAGAUCCAACAGCUUCAGAUGCAGGCAAUUAGUGCGCUGUGGAAGAAGGUUUCCACAAUGCAAGGCCCCACGGGGGGUGAGGGGCAGCCGCAACAGCCACUUGAGGGGAGUUCUGUGGUGCUGGAUUUAGCCAAGACGUGUUCAACGCUCACGAAUCAAGUGGCACAGCUGCAGGGAAGUAUGAAGGAUAUUGUAAAUUGCAUGACACUCUUCUGUCAACUCCCGCAUCCUGCAGCUGUGCCCGAGAUGAAGGAUUGUUCGGGUACACAGACGGAAAUUGUGGCUGUGCACACGCCACAAGUGGAGAAUCCACCAUUUCCUUUUGGGGCACUGCAUCAGCGUAUCUCAAGGCCAUCGACACUGCCACUGGAGACACCAGAAGCAUCCCAGGCGGCUGUGGAGGCACUCGAAGAUGACAUUCCGGAUGCUGUGGAGGCGCGAGAUGGUGAGAAAGUCACCACUGAAGAUGCCCCGGAGGCCAAAGAGUGAAGGAAAAUGUUGGUGGAGUCCCCAUUUCCUGUAGAAAUUCCCAAAUUCUCCUUUUCUUACAACACUUUUUACCAUCCCCACCGUUUUUUCUUCAAUCCACCCACAUUUAGGGCAUUUUUUGAAUAAUGUAGUACAUUCCCUCCUCCCCAAAAAAAUCCCCCUUUAAGCUCCCAAAGAAUCCAGUUAGUAUGCCGUAGUGGCUUUCAGUGUCCUUUCUCUGUAAUAAUGUACCUCCUCCCCCAGCCACCUGCCUCAGGAUAAAAAGGAGGAAGAAAGAAUAUUAAGCAUUGUUUUCAAUAUUUAUUUCGUCUCUUAGAAAGAGCCAAUUUAGCAAACAAAAAAAAAGUAGAAUUUAGGAAAAAAGAAAUUAAUUUUCCCAGUUUUCUCUCGCGCGUUCACUUUUUGAGACAUAAAUGCACGCAAAAUUGGGCAGCAAAGGCCGAAAGAAGGAUAAAAUGUGCUUUACGACUUUACAACAAUUUAAUCAACUUUAUAAAGUGAUUAAAAAGAAAAAAAAUUAACUUAUAUUAAAUGUAAUUAUAUUGAAAAGUUUUCAAAAUAAAAAUUCAAUGCAUUCCGGAAGAAA